CUAACAUAACCCAUUAAAUUUUCAUAUUAAAGUCUUCUUCUUCUGAUCUCUCUCUAUCCUCCAAACAAAGUAUGGCCCUUUACCGUAUCUUCAUCUUCUUCUUCUCUCUCACCCUCUUUACUCCAACAACCCAUUCCCUCAACGAACCCGACCCGGAUUCAAUUUCCACCGUUUACGAGCUCCUCCCAAAGUACGGUCUCCCAAGCGGUCUCUUACCAGACAACGUCACCAACUUCACCCUCUCCGACGAUGGCCGAUUCGUUGUCCAUUUGCCCGAUUCCUGCGAAAUCGAAUUCGACUACCUCGUUCGCUACGAUAAGACCAUAUCUGGGCGUAUCGGUUACGGCUCGAUUACUGAGCUCAAAGGUAUUGAGGUGAGGAGGUUCUUUAUUUGGCUCGAUGUUGAUGAGAUCAAGGUUGAUCUCCCACCUUCUGAUUCUAUCUACUUUAAAGUUGGGUUUAUCAACAAGAAGCUUGAUAUUGACCAGUUUAAGACUGUGCGUUCGUGUCACGAUAAUGGUGUCUCUGGCUCCUCUUGUGGUGAUUCCUGGAAGAGUUUUCUCGAGAAAGGGAAGCUUCAAGGAAUGAUGGAUGAAGGGGAAAUGUUAAUCACCGAGUAAACACUCUUUGUCUUUGCAACCACAGAAUCUGUGACAAUACGCAGAUGAAGUUGAGUCUCAAGUCAAGUUUGUACAUAUACAUACAAUAACUAGACAAGUCUUCUUUAUAAGACUUGGUAUGAAGUGUUUAAUAUUAUGCACUAUGUAAGUCUUGUUAAAAGUAAAACUGGUUUCCACGAAAAUGUUGUUAUCUAUAUAGUCCAUUCCUCACCAUCA